AUGCCUCUUAUGCCUUCAUCUCAUCAUCGGGGCAGCGGCGGCUCUGCUGCUGAGGGGGAAUACGUGGUGGGUCAGGCUGCCGGGAGGCAAUUCACCCUGCGCGCGGUGAUGGUGGGGUUACUUGUUGGGACAGUGGUGAAUUUCUCGAAUAUGUACUUUGGAUUGCAAAGUCUGUUUUCCCGUUUCCCCAAGAGUGAGGGUGGGUGGACGAAUGAGAUUGCUAACAAAUGGGGCAUUGCACAGCUGGAUGGGUGUCCAUGAUGUCGAUGCCUUCUUCGCUGAUUGGCUUCGCGAUAUUCAAGAGCUGUGCGGAGUACUUGGAGUUUCCCUUCACGCCUGUUGAGAAUGGUACCUCUUGCUCCCCCCCCCCCCCCGCUUUACUCACCGACCAACCAACGAUAAACAGUCCUCGUUCAAACCGUAGCGGUAGCCGUAGGCUCAAUGCCUCUCUCCGCCGGCUUCGUAGGCGUUAUCCCUGCUCUCGAAAAACUGCUCAAACCUGAGGAAGGAGGCCCGCUAAAAAUCGGUACACCACAAUUAAUGUUCUGGAGUAUUGGCGUAGCGUUCUUUGGAGUUUUUUUCGCGGUGCCAUUGCGAAAGCAGGUUAUUAUCAGGGAGAAAUUGAAAUUUCCGAGCGGGACUGCGACGGCAUUGAUGAUUUCUGUUUUGCACGGGAAUGAAAAGAGCGCUGCUGAGGUGGCUAGUGGAGGUGAGAGAGAGGGGUUGGUUUCUGGUAUGGGUGGUGAAGGAGUGCGGGAGGGGGGUGGGGAAGCACAGGAGGAUGCGGAAAAGAGGGAGAGCUGGAGGAAGAAGACUAGGUUAUUGGUUUAUUCUUUUGCGCUAAGCGGGGCUUAUGUUUGUCUCCCCUUCCCGGACACUGUGGCCACAAUGAUUGUUUGGCUAAUAUGUGGUAGACCUUCAUCUCCUACUUCUUCCCCAUUCUCCGAGACCUCCCAAUCUUCGGCUCCGCCGCGGCAAGCACCUGGCUAUGGACACUAAACCCUAGCCCGGCAUACGUAGGCCAGGGCAUAAUUAUGGGGACAAGCACAACACUGCACAUGUUUCUCGGUGCGAUAAUCGGCUGGGGCAUACUCUCCCCGCUAGCAGGAUACAAUGGAUGGGCCCCUGGCCCAGUGAGUGACUGGACGACGGGCAGCCGCGGGUGGAUUAUAUGGGUUAGUUUGGGCAUUAUGUUGAGCGACAGCGUGAUUUCCCUUGGCGGUUUAAUCCUGGAACCGAUCGUCAGGUCUCCCUGGUGGCGGUACAGGGUGUCUGGAAGCGGGGAAGGAUACGAGAGGCUUACAGGCGGUGGCGGCGGGAGUGAGCAUGGAGAAGAAGGCGGGGCUUGGGGACUUUGUAGACGGAGAAGUAGUAGGGGGUCGGGGAUGGGUGAACAAGACGGUGAAUCGUUUGGGACGGAUGUCCCGGAAGAGCACCUCGUCCCCAUGAAAACUGUAGUAAUAGGCCUCCUAGCAUCCGGCCUGCUCUGCGUAGUCGCUGUAAAAGUCAUCUUCAGCAUGGUUCCUCUCUAUGCUACCAUUGUGGCCUUCCUCCUAGCAUUAAUCCUCAGCGUAAUGGGAGUACGCGCACUCGGUAUUCUCCUCACUCGCACCAGAAACCUCCACAAAGCUAACACCCCCCAGGCCAAACCGACCUGAACCCCGUCUCGGGAAUCUCGAAACUCACCCAACUAUUUUUCGCCCUACUAACCCCUCCCAGUCACCCCUCAUCAAUAAUCACCAACCUAGUAGCCGGCGCCAUCUCGGAAGCCGGGGCCCAACAAGCCGGCGACAUAAUGCAAGAUCUGAAAACCGGCUACCUCCUCGGCGCCUCCCCCCGGGCACAGUUCCACGGCCAACUUAUCGGCUCCGUCUUCGGCGCCAUCAUUUCCGCCGGCGUGUACCGUCUGUACACAUCCGUGUACCCGGUCCCCGGCAAACUAUUCCAGGUCCCCACGGCGCACGUGUGGAUCGACUGCUCGCGGCUGGUAUUCGGACAGGGACUGCCGGAGGGUGCAAGGGCCUUUUCCGUGGGGUUCGCUGCGCUGUUCGCAGUGGUCACCGUCCUGAGGGGGUGGACCGCGUUCGGGAGGGGGAAGUGGGGCGGUUACCUGCCCGGGGGAAUUGCGGUUGCCGUGGGCAUGUAUAACGUUCCGAGCUUUACCCUGGCUAGGGUUUUCGGCGGUCUUGUGCAGUGGUGGUUCGCUGGACGGGGGCGGGGUGCGGAGGCUGGGUUGGUGGUGUUGGCUUCGGGGUUGAUUUUGGGUGAAGGCGUGGUCAGCAUUGUGAACUUGGGAAUGGCGAGUUUGGGGGUGCCGCAUUUAUGA